UACUGCAAAUUCUCACUUCUCUUUUAGUUUCAGCUUUGAAACAUUUUCUUUUAUCAAUUUUAAUUACAGUGUGCACAAGCGAGUAAUGCUCGGGAGAUAACUAACAGACAACAUAUGGGAGAAGGUGUGAGCACAAAUUAUUUGCAGCAACCUUCAGGUACCAUGGAUGGCCACAUGGACCCUUCACAAAAUAUUUUCUUCAAGAUUGAUGACUUUAAGGUUGGCAAAACAAUGGUCAUCUACCUUCCCAGUAAAGACCUUUCGGCCUUUCCUCAUCUACUCUCUAGAGAGGAAGCCAAUUCUAUUCCUUUCUCAUCAACACAACUCACACAACUUAUUGAGUUCUUCUCAUUCUCUAAAGACUCUCGCCAAGCCAAAGCCAUGGAAUAUACGCUUAGGCAAUGUGAACUUGAACCCCCUAAAGGUGAGAUAAGGUUUUGUGCCACUUCCCUGGAAUCAAUGCUUGACUUUGCUUGUUCUGUCUUUGGCUUGGAUGCCCACCUUAAAGUUUUAACCACUACCUUUCUCAAAAAGCCAACUGUCUUUCUACAAAACUAUACCAUUUUGGGCGUGCCUAAACAGAUCCCUACUCGUAGAAUUAUUGCAUGUCAUACUUUGCCAUAUCCUUAUGCAGUAUUCUACUGCCACAGCCAGAAGAGUACUGAAACCAGGCUAUUUCAGGUUUCUCUAGGUGCUGAGAACGGAGACAGAGUGCAAGCUUCAGCUGCUUGCCACAUGGAUACCUCUCAAUGGGACCCUGAUCAUGUAUCUUUUCGUUUGCUAAAAAUCAAGCCCGGAUCCUCCCCAGUGUGCCAUUUCUUCCCUCCAGAUAACCUAGUGUGGGUGCCUUUGCCUGCUUGAAUGUACUUGCCUAGUUAUGAAUAUUGCUUGUAUGCAGCAAAAGUCAAAUGGACCAUCAUGUAGAGUCAUCUGAUAUGAAUGUUGUUUGAUACUUGUUAUGAUUUGGCUUUAUGUUUAGUGUGAUUCUAUGUUUCUUUCUUUACAUUCAUUGUUACAGUAUUUCACUAAAUUGCUUUAAGAAUAUAAAUCAAAGGUUCUGUCUAGAGUUAUUACAACAUGUGGCAUACUAGAAACAUGAAUGAACUAACUCAAUCCUGAGGUCUUUUGCCAAUAACUUCAUUCAAUCAU